AUGUUUCAUGGUGGGAGGUGUUACCACUUCUCCACCGCAGAAAUGAACUGGGCCGAGAGUCAGAAUUACUGUGUAACAAAAGGAGGUCAGCUGGUGAUAAUCAGGAGCAAAGAGGAGCAGGAUUUUUUGCAUAGAAAUACUGAGGACAAGUCACACUGGAUAGGACUGAAUGACCUGGAGACUGAGGGACACUGGGUGUGGGUGAACAACCAGACUCUCGAUGAGACAGGAGUACAGUUUUGGCGUAAAAGGGAGGGUGAAACUGAUGAGCCUGAUAACUGGACCUACGAGAAUGCUUCUGGAGAGGACUGUGCAAGUCUUGGAAAUGAAAGUGGUGGGACAGAUGUGUGGUAUGAUUCUUCAUGUACAAAAGAGAAAAAAAGUAUUUGUGAAAAGAGGACAGCUGAAGUCUUCUCAGUCUUUUGA